CAAUUCCCAGCAUCCCCCGCGCCGGGAGUGUGCAUCGUCUAUUCUAAUCCUCUUCACUUUUCCACUCCUCCCCUUACCUCCCUUCUCUUCUGAAUUCUCCAUUCUGGGCUCUUGCCUGUGAACUCUUUCGUCGCUUUCCCCAUCUUUUCUUCGCAUUUUUUCACCAUCUUUCCCUCAAUUUCCAGGAGCCAAUGCGACACUUUGGCUCCGAUUAAGAGACGGCCCGAGACUCGGGGUGCGCGAAGAGGAUCGACAGAGUGGUGAUGGAGAGCACCCCUUCAAGGGGACUGAACCGAGUACACCUACAAUGCAGGAAUCUGCAGGAAUUCUUAGGGGGCCUGAGCCCUGGGAUAUUGGACCGAUUAUAUGGGCACCCUGCCACUUGUCUGGCUGUCUUCAGGGAGCUCCCAUCCUUGGCUAAGAACUGGGUGAUGAGGAUGCUCUUUCUGGAGCAGCCUUUGCCACAAGCUGCUGUAGCCCUGUGGGUAAAGAAGGAAUUCAGCAAGGCUCAGGAGGAAAGUACAGGGCUGCUGAGUGGCCUCCGGAUCUGGCACACCCAGCUGCUUCCAGGAGGGCUCCAGGGCCUCAUCCUCAACCCCAUUUUCCGCCAGAACCUCCGCAUUGCCCUUCUGGGUGGGGGGAAGGCCUGGUCUGAUGACACAAGUCAGCUGGGACCAGACAAGCAUGCCCGGGACGUUCCCUCCCUUGACAAGUAUGCCGAGGAGCGAUGGGAGGUGGUCUUGCACUUCAUGGUGGGCUCCCCCAGUGCAGCUGUCAGCCAGGACUUGGCUCAGCUCCUCAGCCAGGCUGGGCUCAUGAAGAGUACUGAACCUGGAGAGCCGCCCUGCAUUACUUCCGCUGGCUUCCAGUUCCUGUUGCUGGACACCCCGGCUCAGCUCUGGUACUUUAUGUUGCAGUAUUUGCAGACAGCCCAGAGCCGGGGCAUGGACCUAGUAGAGAUUCUGUCCUUCCUCUUCCAGCUCAGCUUCUCUACUCUGGGCAAGGAUUACUCUGUGGAAGGUAUGAGUGAUUCUCUGUUGAACUUCCUGCAACAUCUGCGUGAGUUUGGGCUUGUUUUCCAGAGGAAGAGGAAAUCUCGGCGUUACUACCCCACACGCCUGGCCAUCAAUCUCUCGUCAGGUGUCUCUGGAGCUGGGGGCACAGUGCAUCAGCCAGGCUUCAUUGUGGUGGAAACCAAUUACCGACUGUAUGCCUACACGGAGUCGGAGCUGCAGAUUGCCCUCAUUGCCCUCUUCUCUGAGAUGCUCUAUCGGUUCCCCAACAUGGUGGUGGCGCAGGUGACCCGGGAGAGUGUGCAGCAGGCAAUCGCCAGUGGCAUCACAGCCCAGCAGAUAAUCCAUUUCCUAAGGACAAGGGCCCACCCAGUGAUGCUCAAACAGACACCUGUGCUGCCCCCCACCAUCACAGACCAGAUCCGGCUCUGGGAGCUGGAAAGGGACAGACUCCGGUUCACUGAGGGUGUCCUGUAUAACCAGUUCCUGUCGCAAGUGGACUUUGAGCUGCUGCUGGCCCACGCGCGGGAGCUGGGCGUGCUCGUGUUCGAGAACUCGGCCAAGAGGCUCAUGGUGGUGACCCCGGCCGGGCACAGCGACGUCAAGCGCUUUUGGAAGCGGCAGAAACACAGCUCCUGAGAGCGCGGGACUUGGACCCGGACCUCGGCGGGCGGGACCGGGCGGGGCGGGGCCUCAGAACUCAGGUGUUUUUUAUUUACGUGUCAGGACUUUUCUUGUCUAAUAAAGUUGUGAUAGCUA